AUGGGUUUCGUCGAUCCGUUCGACACAAGUGAACCGGGACCCAAGAAGUACGUGUACAUAAUCAAACAGGAGAGGAAUGGAAAGGAAUGCCUGACACUAGUGUUGGAUUUGUGGAAGAGAAACAUCUCCGAGAAGUUAGUCCUCAAAGAGUUCAAAAAAGAGUGGAGCUGUAAUGGUAAAGUGGCAUGGAACAAAACGUAUGGGUGGGUGGUUCAAAUAGAGGGCGACCAUCGGAAUAAUAUGUAUAACUUCUUAGGCAAAUCUGGCAUUCUCAGCAGGGAUAACGUUAUAGUAGGUUAA